AUGGUUGACACAUACGACCCUCGCUUCCCCGGCCGUAUCAUCAAGCAGGAGAAGGAUAAUGACGGCGGAGCGAGCGUCUACGCGUCGACUGACAAUGGUUUUAAUGAUGACCAAACCGACGCCGGCAGCCCGCCCGCCCCUGCUCGUCCGAUUCUUCCCCAAGCGAACUCGAAGAUUCUCAUUGAUUUCGAUGACGAUUCCAAGGAUCUUAAUGCUACUGUUGUUGACGCCAGCCACACCCACACGAUCACGAGUUCCGCCGUCACUAAGCAGAUUGAGUCUUCUGGUCCUGGUCGCAAGUCGUUAGACCCGUCCUCGGCCGAGUUCACUCCCAGCAGCACAACCCGAGACCAUUUGUCAUCGAAGCAGUCGUUCUCGUCCUACUCAGAUGCUCGCCAAGACGACUUCCUUACCAUGACGUCUCGCCUCAAGCAGCUCGAGGCCGAUCAGGAAGUCCUCAAAAGCGAGAAUGAGAGCCUCGAAUAUGUCAACGAAUCGCUAAAGCACAAAGUGAACUUGGACGAGGCCACAAUCAACAAGCUCAAGGAGGAUAUCAAGGAGGCCAACCUCCUCAGAUGCCGUGCGCAGACCUACUCUAUCGAGCAAAAUAAGCGAUGCAAAAAGGAUCAAGAGGCCUUAAGCAAACUCCAAGACGAUCUCGACCACACUCAAGGACAGCUUAUAGAGUACAAGACGAAGCAUGCCGGAGAGGUCGCAAGCAAUGCACCUCUCCUUACUCAGAUACAGGCUAUGCAGAAUUGCCUUCUCAACGCUAUCGAGCGAGCGAAGAUGUAUGAAGCUUUCAUGCGCGGCUUUCUCACUGAUCAUCCAGAGGUGACAGAAUCUUUCGCUACCAUUGGAGUCUCUCUUGAUGACAGAUCUCUUGAUGACAGAGGAAACAUGGAUUCUGGUUUCCCGACGGUUCUUGGCAUCAAUGACGAGCCCUUGAUCUCGUUCGAGGACCAUUUCCCGGCUCUUAAGACACCUGACAAGCCACAGAACAUCGAUCGAGCCAACCAGGCGGCUUCCCCGAAGCCAGAGUCACCCUACGUCUUCAAGGAAGCCCUCGUCACGCCCGACCCUCCAGAACUCUCGGCCAAAAAGCAGCAUCCUCCUCCCAUUCAAUACCUUGACAACCAGAAAAUCGAGACUGCAACUCGCCCAGACAAUGUGACUGGUCUCGACUGGAGUGAUGGCAGCGAUAACAUUUGGGACAGUCCAUUCCAGAAAGAACGUGUGCUGCAGGCAUAUCAGCGUGCCACUGGCAGUCGUCACCCUUCAGCUGUGCCGGGUAUGUUGAAAUACGGAAUUCGGUAUAUCCGAAAUGAGACUGGUCAGAAGCUAAUUGUCAACGACGGCGUACCAGAUGUGGCCUCCAGGACUAUCAUCAUGACUGGCUUCCCCGACGAGGUUCACGUCCAGCGUAUCCUUGAGCACAUUCGAGGUGGUCGGAUUCUCAAGGCCCACGCGCUGCCGAUGGGAACUAGUGACAAUCGCCUCAACCAUGCGUACAUUGAGUUCACCUCUCCGGAGGACGCCAGGGCGUUUUACCGGUACAGCCUGAACAAGGACCGCGAAAUCGGGUUCACCACGGCUGAUGGCAACUCGGUUCAAGUCCACAUCAGCAUUGCCAAUACGGACUCAUUCCCCCUGAAGGACUCGAUUCUCAGCAUGAUUCGCGAGGGAAGUACUCGUUGUCUUGCCGUCACCGGAUUUCCCGUCAUGCAUCUGCGUACCAUUCUCAAGAGAGCUGGACUGGCGUCCACCUUCGCCGAAGUCAUUACGCACUUUGUCUACGCUGACGAUGGAAGCUUUCAGAUCUCGUUCUCCAACAUCGAGUCAGCUGUGCUCGUUCGUAAGUGUAUCAUCAGAUCCCCUUUUUACAGCGGUUCACCCGAGGGGCACAACGUUGUCUUUUGUCCGGACCCUUGCGAUGCCUCACUCGAUGAUCUUCUUCAUAUUCGAUACCUGCCUACAUCCCCCUCGUUCAACAUCGAUAUCAUCUCCACAGAGAACGCCCGUGGCCUCCAGACCAAAGAAGAGGCCGAGGCCGAAGAUCAGCGUUAUCAAGAGGCAUGGCUUGCGAAUGCCCACUCGGAUGAUCCGGUGGAAGAGGCAGAGUUCGACGCAUUCCGCGAGAGACAGGAGCCUAUCACUUGGGAGAAAGGCGCGAACUGGAACGAUGCCGUUGAGUACAUGGAUUUCGAUCCUGACCAAGGAAAAGAGGUUCGUCACCGCAAAGAUCCCAAGUCGGGUGCCUUCCAGAUGUGGUACUCUGCUGGCUGGGCCUACACCACUGAGCAGUCGCAAAAGGAAUGGCUGCACUAUAAUAUCGACAGCACUGACCCUUACACUCAGCAGACUGCGGACCUGAUCUAUCAGAGCACUGGCUUGAUUGACCAGCGAAAGGUGAACGCCUAUCUUCAGUCCAAGAACAAGAAGCAAGAAGAGAAAGAGCACGACGCUAACCAAGCCGCCAGCAGAUCAUCGUUGAUGAUGGUGGAAUCCAUGGUGACGCAGACCAAUCCCUGA